AGGAUGGAACCUACUUGGCAGCCGGCAAUGCUGACAGUACUAGGACUAUACCCUUGCAGUUGAAGUAGACACCCGGUUGCUGGGAGAAUGAUAGAUAUAAAGCAAGGACAGCAUGCAACUGGUGCAGAUGGCUAAAGAAUGAGGUCCCCAGAGCAUAGUUAGGAAUACAGGUGCUCCCGUUCUACACUGAGUUCGAAAUAUUGUGCCGAUUCGGCCAUCACAUUCCUUCACGACUAGAUUCCAAUGCUUGUUCCCGCACAGCCGUGGCUGUCGGCCGCCCUGGGCGCCUCGGCACUCUUCGCUCGACCAGGCAGCGCAAUUCGCCUGUCCUCCGCUCCAUCCUACAGCGGCCGCGAGGUCUGCCCUGAUCGAUGCAGCGAUGCUGGACCCAACGUCAACGACUGGUCUCUGUACCCAGACAUGAAGAAGAUGAGCAGAUGCUCCCAGAGUCUCUUCUUCCGGUUCUCCCUGGACGAUCCUGUGGAUGACAAUAUUGCUGGUACCCACCACAUCAAAGCAUGUUCGUCAUACGGGCCAGACUUUACGACAAUGCCGAAGGAGGACUUGGACCUGAUGGCCGUUGAAGAGUCACAAGAUGUGAACUUUGAGGUUGGUUGGUGGGAGUCGGCCUACAACGGUGCUGCCGGCGGCCAGAGGUCUCUACUCAAGCAAGCACGCACAUACCUUGACGCUGGCCACGGCUCGUAUGCUGAUCGCCCCUUCACCUUGUUCGGCCAGUCUGGCCAGGCAACCAUGGGCCUCUACAUCGGUCACGGUCUCCUCAACAAGGGCAUCAGUACGUCUGCGCUCAAAUCACUUGAGGACAAACUCAUCACCUGGAACGUGACGACCCCAGCCAUGGCGAUGCAGCUCUGCGAGCCCGACUAUGGGAGUGCCCACACCUUCGGCAUCAUGAUGGCUAGUAACGGCACGUUCAGCCAAAUCCAGGAUGCCAUGAAGACGUGGUACAACGGCUCAUGCUUGUCCUUUGCCUCCGGCUUCACCGACACGGUCGCAGGCGAGGCCCAACUCACUAUGCCUCUGCUUGCUUCCAGUAUCCUGCCCAGCAACAACGGCACCAACAGCACCGGCAUCUUCAACUCGACUCUACCAGCACGCAUGCUAUCUGGUCGCGACAUCCAUGCCCGGGCGGACUGCCGCACAGUCCAGGUCGAGUCUGGUGACAGCUGUGGUGUUCUUGCCACGAAAUGCGCAAUCACGCCAGCUGAAUUCACCAAGAUAAACCCGGCAUCCGACUUUUGUGCCAAGCUCAUGCCGAAGCAGCACGUGUGCUGCACGACGGGGACCAUGCCGAACUUUGCUCCCAAGCCAAAGCCUGACGGGUCCUGUUUCGACUAUGAAGUGAUAGAAAACGACAAUUGUGACAACCUCGCGGCCGAGUACAGUCUGACACGCCAGGAUCUUGAGGACUUCAACAAGAAGACGUGGGGGUGGAACGGAUGCAAGCUCUUGUUCACAGGCACAAAGAUGUGUCUAAGCAAGGGCUCACCACCUUUCCCAGCGGUGAUCCCCAAUGCUGCCUGUGGCCCGCAAAAGCCGGACACGGAGCCACCGACCGACGGAACGAACAUUGCCGACUUGAACCCUUGUCCACUGAAUGCCUGCUGCAAUAUUUGGGGCCAAUGUGGCAUCACCAGGGACUUCUGCGUCGAUACCAACACUGGUGCCCCUGGGACCGCCGAGCCGGGCACGUACGGCUGUAUUUCCAACUGUGGCACGGACGUCGUCAAGGGUGACGGAGCUGGCGACAUCCGUAUCGGUUACUUUGAAGGCUAUGCCCUUGGCCGUCAGUGUCUGUACCAGGACGCGUCGCAGAUUGAUGCGGCCGCCUACACGCACUUGCACUUUGGGUUCGGCCUGCUAUCGCCCACCUUCGAGGUCGAGGUAGGGGACAUCCUCUCGACUUACCAGUUCGCCCAAUUCAAACGUGUCAAGGGCCCUAAGAAGAUCCUCUCGUUCGGCGGCUGGGACUUCUCCACUUUCCCGGACACAUACUGGAUUUUCCGCGAGGCGGUUACACCGGCAAACCGGAACAAAGUCGCUCAGAACAUUGCCAACUUUAUCAUCAAGCACGAGCUCGAUGGUGUAGACAUCGACUGGGAGUACCCUGGUGCGCCAGACAUGCCAAACAUCCCACCGGGAGGUAAGGACGAAGGUGUCAACUAUCUCAAGUUCCUUACGAUCCUUAAGGGAAUGUUGCCCGGCAAGACGGUCUCGAUUGCAGCACCCUCGUCCUUCUGGUAUCUCAAGCAGUACCCUAUAAAGGAGAUUGGCAAGGUUGUCGAUUAUAUUGUUUAUAUGACCUAUGACCUGCAUGGACAAUGGGACACCGACAAUGAGCACUCGCAGGAAGGGUGUGAGCUAGGCAACUGUCUGCGCAGCCAGGUCAACCUGACUGAAACGAAGCAGUCGCUCGCCAUGAUCACCAAGGCAGGCGUCCCCGGCCGUAAAGUCAUUGUCGGUGUCACGAGCUAUGGCCGUUCCUUCAAAAUGGCCCAGCCGGGUUGCUGGGGUCCAGACUGCUUCUACCUCGGCAGCCCCGUCGAAUCUUUCGCAAAGAAGGGCGUGUGUACUGGCACAGCUGGCUACAUUGCUGACGCCGAGAUUGACGAGAUCCGAACUGAUAAGCGGCGCGCGGGCCGAGUCACGGCGAGCUUUGUUGACGCCAGCAGCAACAGCGACGUCCUGGUGUACGACGAUACCGAAUGGGUUGCUUACAUGAGCCCGGCGACCAAGAGGACGCGCGCCUCGCUGUAUGCGGCUUGGGGCAUGGGAGGCACGACCGACUGGGCGACCGACCUGCAGCAAUAUCACGAUGUGCCCAAGCCGGCUACCAGCUGGGCACAGUUUAAGCAAAUGGCUCUGAGCGGGCAAGACCCCAAGGCUGAUCUGUCCCGUGAUGACGAGUGGGUCAAGCUCGACUGCUCGCAUGAGCUCGUCCGCGACGAGUCGUUCAAAGACGUUGGCACGCUGUGGAAGGGCCUCAAUGCGGACGCUGCGUGGAAGGACAUCAAGCGAAUCUGGAAGGACAAUGACGAGCCAGCCGGCCUGAACUUUAUCGAGUCUGUCAAAGGCAAUCUCAAGAUUGAGGCUGGUGGCUCCUCCUGCAACAGAAUCGUAGGCGACAACUGCAACACCGACGGGUGCAGCAAGGGGAUGGAUGGGCAGUACUCGGGUCCGGCCGCGAUGCUCAUCUGGAACUCGCUCGUCACCAUCCGCGACAUGCACAAGGCGUUCUACGAUGCGCUGUAUCAGAACGCGGCGACGUUUGCCACGUCCCUCCGUGACCUCGAGAACAUCUUCGCACCCAUCCCUCCUGAGCAGGACAACACCUGGCUCUUGCUGCUCCUCGAUCUUGUUACCCUGGGCACUCUCGCCGCGGCUGGUCCAUUCUUCAACAACUUCCUCAAGCAGCUGCCCAAAUUUGCUGGCACCCUUGGUGACAACCUCAAGGACACCACAAUGACCCUUGUGGGCCAGUCAACCACCAUCGCCAAGGACGUCCUGCCAAGUCCCAAGGAACACGACUGGAAGGUCGAGGACCAGGACAAGUUCUCCAACUACAUGGGCCAAGUCAUUGAUGGCUGGACAAACGCGACCUCUCUGGCUCUCGGCGAGCUCAUGAGUGGCAAGCCCAAAGCCCUCGAGAGACUCGACAAGGCUCUCGCCGGCGGCAACCUGUACCCGAAGGCGGUCGAGGCCACCGGCGACGACAAUGAGCUGAUGCGGAACAUACGCAAGUCCUUCUUUGGUUACGCGAUUCCGGCACUCUGGCACGCCUCUGCUGCUUACCCGUUCAUUAUCGACUCCGGUUACGGCUGCGAUGCCCGCAACCCAAUCUCAGACUAUGUCGAUGAGGAGACUCAGGAGAAGACAGGCUGGUGCGACAAAGGGACCAACAGGCUGUACUACCUCGUCAGCCCCGAGGGUGAGGCAUACGACUGCGGCGAUGGCGGUUGUCUCAAGCGCAAGUUCUCCGCGCCGAAGGGCGUCGACAGCCUGGGCGACCGGUUUGGCGGCUUGACCAAGGACGACAUCAUCAAGGGUUCCGUGCGCACGUACCGCCACAGCGGUGACAAGAACAACGGUGGCCUCAACUUUGCCAACACGGACGACCCGACCACCAUCAGCGACCUCCUGGCCGUCGACGUCACCACCCCGGGCUUCAUCCGGCUGCCCGUGUGCUCUCCCGAGCGCGCGUUCCAGUCCUGGGACACCUCCCCCAAGAAGGGCGCCUCGCCCAACUACCCCUGUGACAACCCGCCCGGCCGUGACUACUGCCGCGACUCGACGUUUGAGGACCAGACGAGCGGCGCGUCCCCCCUCGCGAGCGACUGCAGGCAGAUUAUCCGCAACAUCGAGGGUGACGGCAAGACGUCGUGGACGAUCCAGGUCGCCGGCCUCCGACAGCGCGAGAUUGUCAAGUAUGGCGGCUGCGCACUCGGCGUCGAGGCCACUGUCGCCAACGGCAAUGUCGACUUCGAGGUCGGUGGGCAGGACGUCAUUGAUCUUCUCAACGACGCGAUCAAGAAGUUUGAGAACAGGGAUGGCAAGAUCGGCGCCAAGGGCACUAUGAAGUGCAACGGCAACAUCAAGGACCAGAAUGUCAAGUGGGGUAUAUACUAGGCGGUGGACUUGGGCGGCCUAGCCUUGCGAUGAAGUUGAAUGGAAGUGGAGGAAAGGGAGGAAGUGGAGGGGAAUAUGGUUGAUUUGAUCUGAUUCUUUCCACUGUGUAUAUUUCUGAUGCAAGUGUAGGCAAUUUCGGAGCUUUCCCCUGGGCCGAAACUCUCGCCGCUUCGAAGCUUGGGAUCAUGUAGUUUCUGAAACCGCCUGUCUGAAAAACAAGACGUCGGUCCGUCUGUUCCGGCUCUAUUUGGUUCGGUAAAUACCGCGACGACAUACGU